AAGGCGAUACCUUUGGGAAUUUGGGAUUCGAUAAUCGAUACUGUGUUCUUAGUUUGAUUUGAGAUAUAUCUAUUUUAAACUUAAUAUGCCUUUAAGUAAAUCGUCAAAAUUAAAUGAAACCAAUUUUCAAAUCAUUUUAUGGAAUAAAUAUUGAUAGGAUAUAUUCGAAAAUAAAUACAUGAAUAAUAAGAUAGUUGAGUCUGUGAUGGAUCUGCAUACUAAGCAGAGGCAGUUCUCUGGUCAAUUGUACAAAUAUACAAAUGUAAUGAAAGGCUGGCAAUAUAGGUAUUUUAUGGUUGAUGCCAAUUCAGGAUUGCUACAUUAUUAUCUUUGUGAAGGAGAAAAACCAGAUGGUUCGGUACCAAGGGGAUCAGUUCAUUUAUCAGGUGCAGUCAUUUGCCCCAGUGAUGAAGAUUCGAAAACCUUCACUGUUAAUUGUGCAUCAGGUGAUAUGCUUAAGCUGAGAGCAACAGAUGCAAGAGCUCGACAAGAAUGGGUCAAUGGAUUAAGAGCAGUUGCUGAGUCACAUACAAAAUCAAGUUCAGGAAACAGCCAACCUUUACCCCCUAGGGAACAGCUGGCAGUGUUAGAUGCAAUGGGAUGUGUGAGGUCACAGUUACAUCAAACUGAACAAGCAGACUUAGCUCUGUGUAGGUCAAUAGAGUCUGCAGGUCCUAAACUUUAUGUUGAUCCUAAUCUUCUACUUUUGAAAGCAACCUCUGCUGCAGCACUGCAUUGUCUGAUUCAGUGUUCAAAUAUUCUACAAAGAAAUCAGCAUGCUCAGCAGGCAAGACUGGGAUUUGCAAUCGAUGAAGACUAAUAUACCUAAUAAUAUAAUCAACUUAUCAAUUUAUGUUGAAUUAUACUGAAUGAAAUUGCAAAAUAGAUAAUUCAUAUAUAUUGUUAA